CUGAUCACUUGAUUUAACAUUAGCUGCAAAAGAGCUGCCCCUUUGCACAGUUGAUUCAAUCACCAAAACAGAAACCAACAACUUUCCUUCCAAUUCCAAACAUCUCUCUCUCCCAAGAAUUACACUACCAAUUUUUUAGAUUCUAGCAUUGGUCACUAUUUCAGAGAAUAUCUACAAUCAUCUGCUCCCAAUCUAUGCUCAAAGCCUUUAAUUUGAUGAGAGACAACAAUACCUUCCUUUCUUUAUUUUCCAAGUUGAGAACUGUGGUCCAUUUCCAAUUCUAGCUCUCCGGCGGUUUCAAUGGAGGACGAGGGCGGCGAGAGGAAGAGGAGCAGCAGGAUUUUCGGAUUCUCGGUGGAUCACGCCACCGGCGGCUACGAUCCAUGCUCGCCGCCGGUGACGCGGCAGUUUUUUCCUGUGGAGAGCGGACGGGCAGGGGAAUUUCCCCGCUCGCACUGGAUGGGGGUCCGAUUCUGUGAGUCUGACCCCCCUAGUGCGGACGUGGCGCCGCCGCUCAAGAAGAGCCGCCGCGGCCCGAGGUCGCGGAGCUCGCAGUAUCGUGGCGUCACGUUCUACCGCCGCACCGGCCGCUGGGAGUCCCACAUAUGGGAUUGUGGAAAGCAGGUGUAUCUAGGUGGAUUUGACACAGCCCAUGCUGCUGCUUGUGCAUAUGAUAGAGCAGCCAUCAAAUUUAGAGGAGUGGAGGCAGACAUAAACUUCAGCCUUGAAGAUUAUGAAGAAGACUUAAAACAAAUGAGCAAUCUGACGAAGGAGGAGUUCGUGCACGUGCUCAGGCGACAAAGCACGGGCUUCCCACGGGGUAGCUCCAAGUACAGAGGCGUCACUUUGCACAAAUGUGGAAGAUGGGAGGCUAGAAUGGGCCAAUUCUUGGGCAAAAAGUAUGUUUAUUUGGGUCUGUUCGAUACUGAGAUUGAAGCUGCAAGGGCUUAUGAUAAAGCAGCCAUCAAAUGCAAUGGAAAAGAGGCAGUCACCAAUUUUGAACCCAGCAUUUAUGAAGAUGAACUUAACGCUGCAGAGCCCUCACACAACAAGUCUACAUCAGACACAAGUCUUGAUCUCAGUUUGGGCAAUUCAGCUUCCAAAACUGAUGUUUGGAGACGACCGGAUCAGGUGCAAUCGGGCAAGCCGAGGCAGAUGGCCAAUAACGAACAGCAGUGGCAAAUGCCGUUGUUUGCCACUGCUGCAGUAUCAUCAGGAUUCCCGCAGGCGCAGUUCAACUGGCUCCACGCCAAUGGGAUCCAUCCACUCAUCAAACCUUCCUGAAUUGAAAUGUUUUAUGGAGUAUUUUAUUCUACUUUGUCAAUGGAUCCAUCUCUAUAUUUUUUGGACACAUCAAGAGGGUUUUAUUGUGGCUUAAUUAUCCAUCUCUUUUAUGGAGUAUAAUAAUAAUAAUAAUAAUAGUAAUAAUGUAGCUAGAGGCAAA